GCGACCCGAUGUCAGUGAUGUCCUCCUGCUAUGUUUUGCAGUAGUAUGUUUGUGUACUUUGAAUAGUUGAACUAGCUUAGUUUAUAUUUGUUUAUUAUUUUGAGUUUUUUUACUUUUUUUGUGAACAAACCCCACUCAAUCUAAGACAUUCUUUCGACACAAAAUACUGAUGUAGGCAUACUAUGAUAUGAUUAUACGAUCGAUUAAAAUUAAGGACCUGAUAUCAAGCAUUGGCAUUAAAGAGGAUUAAUACAACUUAAAAGAAACUACAUUGAAAUUUGGAAUGAUACGCUCAAGAUCAUUUGAUUUGAACCUGGUUCAUAAUCAUAGACCAUUUUUAAAUGACUUUGAGAAUGAUGAGGUUCCUAUUUUGAAAGGUUCAUUCAGCUCUGGUCUAGAUGAAUUAGCAAGAGAUAGAGAAAUUGUUACAGAUCCAGAUGAAACUAAACGUCGCAGAACUAUAAAAUUGACUAGAAGCAAAACAAAGUCAUGGGGUUUUACAUUGCAGACCUAUGGAAUAAAAAACAAGCGAACCCAAGAGGUUGAGAUUAUGUCUUAUGUAGACUCUGUGGAGUUCAAAGGGCCUGCAUGGAUGGCUGGUAUGAGAAGAGGUGAUGUAAUUCUCUCUGUGAAUGGGGAAAGUGUUGAAGCAGCUACACAUAAUGAAUUGGUAAACAAGAUUCAAAGAAGUGGUUAUGAUUUGAGGCUGGUGGUACUGUUUGAAGAUUGUUGCACAAAAGUAGAACUUCAUGCACGAUAUCUUAGACUCAAGAAACGCUUGUCCAUUAAGUUAAAAGAACUUCAGUGUCUUGAAGAGGAAGAGAAAAAAAUUCAUCAUAACCUACAAAGUUCAAAGAAUUAUUUUUCUAAAUUCAAUACAAACGAUCAUACAGAAAAGAAACAGUUUGAACUGCACCCUUCCAACCUCACUGUCUCUAAUAAUCUGCAUCAUUAUAUUGAAAGUGCAAAUGAGCCUUUUAAUAGAAUAGGGGCAGAAAAAAGAAUAGCUGACUUAGAAGACAAUGUACCUAUUGUUUCAAAUAAUCAUUCAAACUGUGAAUAUGGAAGUCACUCUUUGCUAGACAAUACGUUUGAUAUUUCAUCUUCUAGCAAAGUUUCAAAGUACAAUUUUCCUUAUACUCUACAAGUGGUAUAUGAUGCAGCAUUAAAUGAUAGUAACUUGGGGUGUUUGUCUGAUGAGAAAUAUAACAGUCAACAAAUCUCACACACAAAGAGGGAUAAUACAGAAACUAUUAAUAAGUGUGCUGACAUUAACUGUGCUAUUAAUCAGUGUGAUAAAAUACUACAAAUAACUGAUACAAUUUACUCCCCCUGUCCUAGUAGAGAACCAUCCUAUAUUUUCCAGGCUCAGUCUUUGGAAACAGAGCAUACACUCUCUUUGGACAGUGCAGCUAAAAUUGAUUGCAAUACAAGUUACCAAUCUAGUAGUUCUAAACCUAUUAAUGAAUUGUUUACAAGUAAUGGAUCUUCUGAAAUUACUUGUAAUAUUGCUACAUUUGUGCAAGGCUUUAGUGCAAGUGAAAACAUUGAUUCUCAUACAGUAAACCACAAUAAGAAAAAAGCAUGGUCUAAAGAUAUGGCUGAUUGUGAAUCAGAAUACACUAACACACAUAAUGUUUAUACAGACCUUUUUGAUACUGCUUUACGGUCAAACAUAGCAGAACCAAAUGAUAGCUCUGUCUCAUCAUUGCAUCUUUCUAAAAAUUAUACAAAAUUCCAUGAUAGUGUAUUAGUAAAAACAAAGGUAACUGACAAUAAAGCAUGCUUUAAUCCAAAUUGUGAUCCUGUAGAAAUAAUACCAAAUACUGAAUUAGAUAGAUCAAGAAGUGCAUUUACAACUGGUGAAAAUCUAUCUUCCUCUUAUUUGAAUAAAAAAAAUGCUUGUGAUAAUUCCACAGUAUCAACAGACUCUUUAAAUGAAACAUCUCUUCUGAAAGAGAGAAAUACUGCAUCAAAUCUUUUGGAUGGAAUUCUUAUCAAUGAAACUACAAUAUCAACAAGACUGUGAUAAUAAAGAUUUGUGAUCAUUCUUUUUUUUUUAAAUAUAUUGACUACUGCAAUGUUCCUCUUUUGUACAAGUAUAAUUUAAUUUACUACAAAAAUCAUAUUUAUCACAUAUUAUGAGAUCUGAAAUUUUAAGUUUUCAUUGAGUUCCUCAUUUUCCUAAC